GGAACGUGGCCCGGGCCGGGCCUGCCGGAAGACGGCGCGUGAGCCAGUGAUGGGCAGGCGCGUGCGGGAGUCCCGGGGAUUGUGCUGCUGGUGUUGUUGUUGUUGCUGUUGCUGCUGGUGGAGGAGCUACUGCUACUGUUGCAACCCCCACCACUAUCCGCCCGCCUCUGCAUCUCAUGCCCCGCUCUUAUAGCCCCCGGGAGCAUGGGCUUGUCCUAUGGACCCGGGCUUGCUCUUCACUUUAGCCCUGUGUCUUGUUGGUGACCGAAGAGCAUGUGCCAUGGGCAACUGCUGGGUUCGGUGCAUGCGGUUGUUCAGGAAGGAGGCCAACAGAAUCCAGCGGGGCGGAGGAUCAAAGUAUUUUAGAACAACUUCUGGUGGAGAGCACUUUACUAUAGAGUUUGAGAAUUUGGUGGAGAGUGAUGAGACUGAAAGUCCAGGGUCCAACCAGAGACCAAUCAAUGAAGAUGAAGUUCAAAUCCUUCACAGUAGACAGUAUGAAACACUUACUCAGAAGCAAGUGGCAGUGGAUACACAGCUCCAGACUGAGUUAGCUGCACAAGAGGAACAGUUAAGGAUAGACGAAGAAGCAUUUUACGCUGCACAGCGUGAAGCAGCCAGGGCAGCAAUGCAGAAAAAGCUUUUGGAGCAACAGAGGCUACACAAGAUGAAGCAAAGGACCCAGCCCGCUGCAACUCCUGAUCAGCAAAAAGGUGAAGCAGGGGAAGAAGACUUUGAAUCAUAUUUGCAUCACACAAAAUCUCAAUCUGAAGCAUUCAGGAAUCAACACAGAGUCUUGGCUGAGCCUGCGCUUCUAACGCCAAACACUGAGAGCAGCUGUGACCUAACGACAAAAACCAAAUCAACGAAUGAUGACAGUACAUCACUGGACCUCGAGUGGGAAGAUGAAGAAGGAAUUAACAGAAUGAUUCCAAUGAGAGAGCGUUCUCGAACCGAGGAAGAUAUUCUCCAAGCAGCCAUGAGGCACAGCAGUUGUCGACCUGGGAGCAACCCCUUGUCUGCAUCGGAUGAUUCAACUGGGCUAGAAUGGGAAAAUGAUUUUGUCAGUGCUGUGAUGGAUGAUAAUGGGAAUUCUGAAUAUGCUGGUUUUGUGAACCCUGUUCUAGAACUUUCUCCUAGUGAUGUGAAAAUUACAGAUGGCAAUCAGCAAGAUAGAUAGUGCUCUUGCCUGGUAACAUGGGCUGGUUUAAACCAAUCUUUUAUGAUGCUCUAAAAAUGUUUUUCAACUUUCGUGGGACUUCUAUUUUUGUUGACUGGUCUGACUCGCCAUGGAGUACAAAACAACGCAACUGCUUUGUAUUGUGCUAGCACGUACAACUUAUAAUUAAGUGCAAUUCUUGUGAACUUUCAGUUUGUGAAUGAAAUUUUUAAGCCAUUACCUUGGGUGUUGAUUAAAGUGUGUUGUAAAGGGAAAAUGUGACGAAGUUUGAUUGAAACGUUAUAGCAACAUGAGGCUUGUUGGUAGGUAUUCAUUGUUAUGAGUCAUUGCUGCUGUAGUUUUAAAAGGAGUAAUAACAAAAUUAGUGAGCACACUGGAUAAGUGCACCAUUUUAUUGAUCAAGUAUGGCAACUACUGUAAUGAAAAUUGUUAUUUUACAGAA